UAAGGAUCGUGUGAGUUGUUCAGUCUUCCCGGUCAUCCUUCCUGUGGUAACAUUGCCCCUCCAUUGUCUCCCUGGCAGGUGGGGUUCCUUGACAUUGACAUCUGUGGGCCGUCUCAGCCGCGGGUGUUGGGGACAGCAGAGGAGAAGGUCCACUCUUCAGGUGCUGGCUGGUCCCCUGUGUAUGUGUCUGACAAUCUGGCUGUCAUGUCCGUUGGGUUCCUGCUCAACAGUGCAGACGACGCUGUCAUCUGGAAGGGACCCAAGAAAGAUGGAAGUGGCUCUGCUGGAUGUGAGGAAGGAAAUCACAUUCUGCAGGAAAGUGAACAUUCCCAUCAUUGGCCUGGUGGAGAACAUGACCACCUUUGUGUGCCCCAAGUGUAAGACCAAGACGGCCGUCUUCCCUGCCACUACUGGGAUGUGACCCCCAGCUGGCAGAGGAUACUGAGAUGCCACUGCUUGGCCAGCUGCCGCUGGACCCCCGGGUGGCCCAGGCAUGUGAUGAAGGCACCAACAUUCCGACACGAGCCAGAUGCUGCUGUCACUCAGGCAUACAAAGACAUUGCAAACAAAAUCAAGGAGUACUGUGACGCAGUCCCAAGAAGCCACUUGACCUGCAGCGGUAGCAGCAGCAGCAGCAGCAGUCAUCACCACACUAACCAACACAUUCUAUAGAAAAGUCUUGUUAUUCAUGCAGAGGUUUAUUUUACAUUUACUUCUUAAAUCCAUAUUAACAUCAGUCAGUAUUUUCUUUACAAAUUGUGGCAGCCUUAUUCAUCAUUCAUCCUUAAUUUAUGCCAGAAAGUUUGGGUGAGAAUAAAAACUACAUAUUACAACAGUAUCCAACAAAGUAGUUGUUGCCUUGCCAUC